AGGAAAACCAGUAGCAGCAGCCGCAGCAGCAGCAGCAGCCGUCGCCGCCACCACAGCAGUAGCAGUAGCGACAGUAGCAGCAUUUAGCAGUAGCUUUAACGGGGUAGUGACAGUGGCAGCUUCCCUCCUUCUCUCUCCCUCCCGCCGAAAGCCACUGUACCGCACUGAGCGGGCUCCAGCGCCAAGCGCGCAGCCGUCUCUCGAGGUAGCCACGGCCCGGGCUAGAGCUGGUGCGGGCCAAGCGCAGACCCCGGGCGCAGCUGGCAGCCACUGAGUCACUGAGCUCCAGGUCCAAAGCCCAACAGCUCUGACAGCAUCUAGCAAGGCGGCGGCGGCGCCUGAGGGAGAGAGGCGCGUCCACCUGGCGGGCCUGGCGCAUGGAGCUCAGGCAGAGGUGGCGGCAGCGGCAGCAGUAGCAGCGGCGGCAGCUAGAGCAACGGCAGUGGUGGCGGGAGCCCAGCUUUAACUGUGGCCGCGCUCACUCCAGUGGCCGCUGCCUGAGCCCGCCCGCGACGUGCACCCAAGAGUCGGCCUGCGAGCAUUAUUUACAAUCAGCAAGAUAUGGAAGCAGCCCAAGUGUCCAUCCAUAGAUGAGUGGAUAAAAUAACUAUCGGACAUCUACACAAUGGAAUACUACUCGGCCAUAAAAGAAUUGCCUGGUAGUCAAGAAGACCACUAAAUCAGAAGCAAUCAUAACACAUUCUACCUGUUGGACAACAUUUGGACUUGGAAUGAAACAAUAAGAGGUUACAUUCAUGGAUAACCAACAAGAUAAGGCUGUUGUUGCCUCAGCCAAUGGAGAAAACACUCUGAUUAAUGGGGUCAAAGAAAAUGAUUCAGACAACCAGGAUAUGGCGAUGAAGUCAUUUGCAGCUCUAGAGGCUGCUGCACCUGUCCAGCCUAUACCAGUGGUUCAAAAAGAGACCUUGAUGUAUCCCAGGGGUCUCUUGCCCCUGCCCUCCAAGAAGCCCUGUAUGCAGAGCCCUCCCUCUCCUUUGGGCCUGAUUGAAGCACCUGAGCAUGCUGCUAAUAGUGCUUCUGUGAAUGCCAUCUCCCUUACAUCUGGUGUUGGAAAAGGCCUGAACACAUGGUCACUGCCAAAUGAGUGUGAGAAAGCUUCAUUUGCCAUAAUGGAGCCUGCAGGCAUGUCAGCUCUGAAUGGGGACUGCCUCAUGCAGCCAAGUCGGACUUGCUUGGGCUGCUUCAUGGAAUCCAAGGAUGCAGUAGAUCCUGAGCCAGGGAUCAGUUUAAAAGUUGGUGAUCUAAAUAGGGAUUAUGAAACCUGUGCAGUCUCUGAUAUAGGGAUCCAGUGUAUUAAUGCUGGUGAAAACAUGAAAUACGGAGAGCAGCUGCUCUCAGACCAGCUCCUGGGCUUCCCCCUACACAAAUCAAGGGCGGGAGAUAGACGAGAAGCUGAGAAACCUGACAUCGACUUGGAGGAUCCAGCUCAGAAAAGUUAUUAUGAGGCAUUACUGUUAGAUAAGUGCAACACGGAAGAGGCUUUACUGGCAAAUUCCAAUCAGGAUUGGGGUUACUUUGAGACUUUCAUUAGUGAGAGUAAAAUUGAACUGCUUGACCUUUGUUCCAAGAAUGAGCUAUCUGUCAACCUAUUUUCUGAAGAAGAUGUGGAUAACUACAUGUUUGAUGAUGAUGAGUCAACACUAGGGAGUGAUGUUUGCUCCCUGAAAAUUCGAUAUGAGUCCUUCCAGGACAAUGUUCGAGACAAGACCACCCUUCUGAUGCAGGAGGAUGCCCAAUUCAACUUUUUUCCCAGUGUCUUUACUACCUGCCCCAAGCGAGAGUCUAAGAGUGGGACCCUGAAGCAGAGUAACGAUAUUUCCCAAUUCAAGGUACCUGACAUGAGCAUCAUCUGGGGGGAAGAAGAUAAAAAUCUGGACAAAAAGAAGGGAAAAGAAGAAGGACAGGAAGACAAAGGUGUGGAGAAAAAAGAUGGAAAGGACAAUGGAGAAAAAUCUGCCUUAAAUAAACCAUGCAGUGGGACUGAGGGAGGGCAACUUAAGAAUCCAAAGCAGGGCCAUCUUGCCAAUUCCUUGGAAGCAUCAGGGAAUUUUAGUGAUGACAGUUCCUUCAUUGAGGUUUCUUAUGAUGCCAUGGGGGAGAUCAAAGACUGUAACCGCUAUAUGGCUCGGGACAAUAAUUCUGGAAGCUCCUCCUCCCAGCAGAACUAUGGGCUGCGAGCAAAGAGAAAAGUCAGGUACAGUGAAGAUUAUCUAUAUGAUGUUGACUCACUAGAGGGUGAAAAAGUAAAUGAGAGGAAGGAAUGGCUGCCAGGUGGUUCCAAAGAGGAAGAUGAUGAUGAAUGGUGUCCCAAAAAGAGAAGAAAAGUAACCCGUAAAGAGCCCCCUGUCAUUAUCAAAUAUAUUAUCAUCAAUCGCUUUAAAGGUGAGAAGAACAUGCUGGUGAAAUUGGGUAGGGUGGAUGCUAGUGAGACAACAGUGAAUUUGAGUGAGCAUCAGCUAAACAAAUAUGCCAAACUGGCACCCUUAAAGGGCUUCUGGCAGAAGAAGAAGAAGCAGAGAAACAGCAGCACAGAAUCCAACAAGACACACUUAUGCUCAAAGCAAAGCUUUGAAUCAGGUAGCUUUGAGGUGUCAUUCCUGCCACCUACUCGCAAACGAAAAUCUAAACUUGGCAACAGGCACAGGAUUCAAAGAAUCCCAUCCGUGGAAACUUCAGCAAGUGGUAAGCAAGUUUCAUUCUGCAAUGAUCAGAGGCAAGCUAGUAGUCACAAAGAAGAUGGGAGCCUGAAAGGUACACUGAAAUCUCCCAACUGUGCAAAUGGAUCACAUUUAAAUGACAUCACAGGCCCAGACUCAGUGAAAUUCAAAUCCCAAGAUACAGAAUUUAAGGGGCCAGAGAGAAGAGUACUCAACAAAAUCAAAUUUAAAAGUGAAGCCAGAUUAAAAUCUAAGAAACUCAAAGCUGGGCAAGAAAGCAAGACAGUUGUUCAAAUGAGCCCUCUUUUGGAAGACCGAUCAUCCAAGGAUAAUUUAAACAAUGAAGCUGUUCUUGGAACCUCAAACAGUUCCCAUUUAUCUGAAUUUCAUGAAGCAAAGAUUGCUAAGAAUUCUACUUUCCUACCAACAACCUGCUCUUCUGAAAUGCCUCUAUCAUCUGCUAAUGUUGCCAGCAAUAUACCUGUUAUACCUGGAGGGUACCUGCAGACAUUGUUAGAUGCAUCUGACUUGUCAAAUAAUGCUGGUAUCUCAUACUUCACUCACCAUUCUCCAGAACAAAAUGAAGGCAACCUCACUCAAACAGAAAAACCAUUUGCACCUCUCCAGCCUCCCCAGGACUGCGUGCUUUCCUCACCUUCUGAGUCUGAGCUACAGCAGUCAUCCCAAAACUUCAAAAUGGAAUCAAGCGAGUAUGAAAAUGUGUGGCCCAACAAGCCUACUUCUAGCCCCCAGAAAUUCAUAGCUGAAGUCUCAAAUGAGACAGCUCCAAACCAGUCCAGUGAAUUUGGAGUCUCCCAGGUAGUGUCCAUGGAAAAUAACCUCACAGCUACAACAUACAAUCCAAUCUGCCUCAGUAAUGGUGGCAUUAGUUGCAACAAGGUCCUAUAUGCCUCUGUGCAAGACACCCAUCUUGCACCUGAUGACACUUAUCAAUUGUGUCACUUUAAUAAUGCAGAGAUCUGCUUUCCUUUCCAACAAGGCUCAGUCAAUAUAGAUGAUGGUCAACUCUUUAGCUUUGAUUCCAUGGCCCCACUCUCUGCCAAUACAAGCAAUUAUUGCUCUUUAAGCGUGAAACCCUGUGAAAAGGAUGGUGAUGAUGAUAUCACAGAUGACUUCCUGGCCCACUGCAGCCCUAAGCUGGUGAUCCAGCAGAACACUGAUGAAAUAGCACCACUAAAGGAGUCCACUGACCUCCUGGAUAUCUCCAACUUCACUCCUGACAAAUUUCGCCACUCUUCUCUCUCAGAGAUGUCCCCACCUGACACCCCCAGUAUUUCCCCUCAAAUUACCAGAUGUGAGAGUACAAAGACAUUAGGAACACUGAAAGGGUUCCAAGAGGGUGUUCCAGGACCACUGGGCAGUAUGGAGAAGAUCAAGUGGGACUGCAGUACACUUUCACAGCAAGUCCAAGUGGAGGAAGGAUUUUCUUUAAAUGACCAUCAGUUUCAGUUCCAUAUGUUCAACGAUGAGGAUUCUGUCAGCCUGCUCCCAAAAACCCCUUGCUUAUCAACGUUUAAUGAUCCCUCUGGUCAAAUGAAUACAAACAACAAAGUUUCAAAAUCAAGAAAGAAAAGUUCACCCAACAAGAGUGGGGCUAUGAACCAAAGCUCUUCUCAGAAAAACACCAGGAAAAAAUCUCCCAAAGUCACCAACAAAGGGAUUGAAAAGCCAUCUGGUAAAACCUUCCGCCAGGUCCCUAAGUCAACAAAGAAAGGAAAAUACAUGGCUGCAAUCAAUGGAGAGAAAAUGCAAACUGACAUUGGCCAUCAAAUCAACAGCAUAUCCUCCACAGGGAAGACACUGACUGAAUGUAUCCAACACGGUGAUCCUGGGGCCUCUAUGAAGAUGCCAAGUCAGAAGGGACUUUCUGGAGAUUGGGCUUUGGGGAAAGACAGCAGCCCAGGCUGGAGUGACAUGAGCAUGGGCACCAAUACCAACAACCUCCUAGAUGAUGACCAGCGGGAAUUUCAAGAGCCUUCCUAUAUCUUGUCCAACAUUGCCUCUGGUAUGGCAGAUGUGCAGAGAUUCAUGAUGGCCUCCAUAGAGCCCCUUUGGGAACCGAUGCAGCACCAUGAGGACCCUAACAUAUUAUAUUCCCCUGAGUCCAAUAGUCUAAAAUUAAAAACACUCAAAAUAUUGGCUGGGACACCACAGGAAUCUAAGAAAAAAGUCAACAAUGGGUCACCAGGAGCCACUAAGAAUCACAGGUCCAUCAAGGGUGUGAGUAAAAGCAAUGGGAAAGCAGCAAUAGGUGAUCCUGGUCGUGCAAACAUGCCUGGUUAUAAUGAGGACUCUCGCUCUGCCUUCUUUGAUAAAAAGUAUAAUAACCUGAGCACUUUAGGCAAUAAUGGACCAACACACAAAAAGUUAUAUCGUCACAAAUCCAGCUCCAAGGCCUUGAGAGAUGACAAGUGUAAGGGAAAGCGCAUGGAGCGAGAACAGGUCCACAAGGAUGAGGCUGGGACAGCUUCUUUUGAAAAACUGAGGGAUUCCGACUACAAUCUCCUAAAAGCAGAAACAGCAUUUUGGGUUUUGCCUGUAUUUGAAGAAGAGGCUCGCAUUUUCCAGAAAGACAUUUGAUGUUUGUAUUUUAUUUCUUUCAAAAUAUGCCUUGUGUUGAAUUUUGGUUUGGAAUCACCAACUCUGCCUAUAUUGUGAUCCCCACGACUCCAGACUUCAAAGUCACCUGCUGGCAAUUAAAAGAAGAAAUAAAUAAAAUGUUUCAUGAGUACAAUGUGUUUUAUAAAAAAAAAAAGUAAAUAUGGGAGCAGUUGUCCAGUUUUUUCUCAGUGUCAGUUCAGCUUUCAAGAAGGGGUGGGUGGAACAGAAGGACAACCUAAAACUGCUGGAAACAAACAAUUUUCCUGCUGUCAUUAAUCCUUUGCAAUAGAUGCUCUUUUAGUUCCUCCUGUGAAACUCACUAGGGGCCAAGUCUAGGGCAUGAUUCAUCCUUUUCUCCAAAAAGAAUUGCCAUUUUAAAGUACCUUUUUAAAAUUGGCCUUCACUGUAUUAUGUUUUUAACAUAUAAAUUAGUGUCCGGUAACCUAUCACUCUCUAUUAAAAUAUAACAAGAAACUGAGUUGGAGUAAUGAUCAAUAGGACAAGUCAUAAAAUGCUUAUUUUCUUAAUUAUACUUAAUAUCCCCCUCAGUACAUGAUGUUCUGACUUCAGUUUUUAGGGCUUUAUUGAUACUGUCUCUCCUCUGAAAAUUCUGUUUUUCCUGUCACAACAUAGUAGGCCUGACAUUUUGGAGAUCCCUUAUUCAACCAACUGCCUUAGUGGAGUGAGAACCAGUGAUAUAAAAAUAAUGUUUUCCCUAACACUGAUAUCUCAAGUCACGUAUAUGAAAUUUUCCUUGGUCUGAAAUUUCUGACUGCCACUACCUACAAACCUAUCCUCUCUGAGAAGCUGAUUCUUAUUAAUGCCUUCCCGAAUUAAUUCCAUUUAAUUUUUAUUUUCCUGGAAAUGGUAUUCUCUCUUAUUCUUCUUACUUAAUCUCAGUCCUUGGUCUCACAGUUUUUUUUCUUUGAUAAUCUCAUAUUCCACCUCCCCAAAGUGUCAGACUUGUAUGAACCUUAACCAGUCUACUCCGCUGUGGAAGUUCAAAGAAGAAACUUCUAUCUCCUAAUUACGUUUAAUUGCUUUGAUCACUUUCAAACCUAAUUUUUAGCACAUAUUCACACACACACAGAGAAUUAUGUCACAUGACUGAGGAAAGUUGGAAAUUUUUUUUCUUGAAAAUCUGUAAGAAUAGAUCUGAUCCCCUUUCUACCCUAGUUAGGUGCUAGACUGUGUGGAGAAGGGUGUUGAAACAGUGGCCUUGACCAAGGUUCUUCGAGACUUUGGGAUUAUAUUUUGGCUGUGGUAACUGGCAUGAAUGGCUUCUCUGGUGUCUCACAUACCACCUUCCUAUGCUGCUUCCUUCCAUCUUUCUCUUCUGACUUCUUGUUACUCUGUGCAGUUAUGUGUUAAGGCCUUACCAUUUCCUAAUGUUUUCAAACAUCCUGCACUACCUUGACCAUCACUUCUUUAGUCAUCCCCCUGAAGUCCUUGGUGCUAGGUGGGCUUUUGUGACAACUUUCAUCUUCUCUGAACUUGUUCUUUGCUGGGAUACAUCGGUAUCUGUGCUAGAGGGAGGGAGGUAAGUGUGUGCAUAACAAAAAAAGCAUAGAGGAUGCUUCACAAGCUGUAAGCAAUUCUGGCUAGCAUCCUAGGUUCUGUUAUGUGAGGUUCUGCAGUUUUAGUGAAUUUCCAGUUUAGUGGGUUGUAAUCAGCAUUUACUGCCUAAAGGAGAAAAACCAUAUCCAAGGACCUCUUAACUAAGCUUGCUCUUACCAAGUUGAACCAAUUUGAUGCAUAUCUGCCACAUCUUCAAUUUACAGAUGCUCUCAGACCAGCCCCAAGAAUUGAAGAGAGCUAAGUUUCUGCACUGAAGAGGAGAAUGGAGCACUAACUAGUCCUAACUAGUGCUAGAACUAGAAAUGUUUGUUGAGAAAUUAAUUAAUUUAAAAAGUUUUGUUUUCAUUUAGAGAUUUUUUAAAUGACUACCCAUCACUAUAGGAAUAUGUCUUUUUUAUUAUAUAAAAGUAAUGUGAGAUUUCUUUUAUAAUCAUAAAAUUCACUGAGCAAAUCAUUGUGUUUAGAUGGUUUAGUACCAAAAUCAAUCAUCUUAGUAAUCAAUCACAUAGGGAUCUUGUCAAUACAAUGUAGGCCAGGGAUUUUGUAAAGGUGUCUCGAGUACCUGAAUAAAAGAGAAAAAAUUGUCUUGGCUGUUUAAACUUGGAAAACACAGUCACCUGCUUGAGAGUCCUCAGCCAGCAUGGUGUUGUUUUGAUGACAGCGCUCAGGCUAUCCUUUAAGGCACAUUAUUUUUUUUACUUGGAGAGUUAAACAGUAACUACAGUCAUCAAGCAGAGCCCCCAUUACAGAUACAUGAUUCUUGAGAUGUACUCUUGGUUUCAGAAUCAUAACUAAAAUGUAAAUGUCAUUAGAGAAGGACAAUGUAAAAGAAAGAGGCUUAGUACAAAGUUGAAGGUAUGAAUGAGGCUUUUAAAAUCAGUAUCUGGGUGAAUAGAUACUGACUUUAACACUCAUCAACAUGAGAUAGAAAGGUUGUAUGUCCAUCUAACAGGCUCACUGGUUUCUGAGUCUUAAAAAGACAUCCCCCUCAAAAAGAAGAAAGGAGAUAUUUAAAUAAUUUUGCCUCUUUGAGAGACACCUGGUUUUACAGCACAAAGGAAAAGGCUUAGAAUGAAUAUUAGAAGAGGCCUUUUGUUUUUGACUCCCAGUGAGGGGUGAGAAAGCUUAAGAUGCUCUACUGGGAUACCUGUAGCACUGACUAGGGUUUGAUGCCUACAGAGUUUUGAAUGUACUAGUCCUUAACUUAAUUUCCAUAAAACUGAAUGCACCUCUUUGGUAAGUUACUGGUUUAUGGUGCUAAAAAAAACUAUUAUCCCCAUUUUCCUCUUCUCCCAAACCCCUUAAAUAUUUAAGAAAAUUUAAAAUAAAAGUGUUAGAGGCCCUUUUUAUGAAUGUAACCUGAGUUUCUGUUUGAUAUAUGACACUCCAACCUUAAAAAGUUAGGAAAUUAUUUGCCUUUUUUCUUUUAGAAUUAAGUUUUAUAAAUAAUCUGUAGAGUCAAUUGAAGUAUAAAGCUUAAGGAUCAGUCUUAAGACGCCUACAAAAUCUUGUAUAUUUUUAAGUGUGCCAAUUUGUAACAUAUUUUGUAAGUGUAUAUUUUUCUUAGAAAAGUGCUGUGAAGUGUCUGUAUGUGAGAGUUUUCCUUUUGUGCACCACUAGGUGCUAAUAAAAGGAUAUUUACUUCAAAGUUUCUGGUUUUAGAAACCACAAUACAAAGAAAAAAUACACUUUUGUUGGGAAUUUUGUAACACAAAACAUGUUGUGAAAGAGUAUAGUGAUCUUGUGCAAAGGAAAAUGAACAUUUGUGAGCUUCUUGCUGUUUUAUAGAUUUUCUUGUAAAUUAUUCUUGUAACACCUCUGGUUUUGUUGUUCUUGUUGCAAAGGUUUUAAAUAUUUGUGACUGAGUGUAUGGUGAAACUGUCAUAAUGUUACCUAGCUGAAUUUUGUUAUUGUUUAUGGAAUAAAUAAAAAGAAAAGUUUAAAAUACUGCUUUAGAAUCAUAUGUAACAGAAAUCAAACCAUUUCUAAUUAAAUUCUAUGUCCCCAAUAAAAAGAUCUCCAUUGUCUAGAGCAGUGUUUCUCAAACUAUCUGUAAUGAGAUGCAAUUUUUUUCUCAAAUCCAUCACAGACUGAUACUAUCAUAAAACAAAAUAAGAAUGAAUUUUAAAGUGAAAAGGGAAAAAAGAUAUGCAAAAUAAAAGCCACAAUGUAUUCAAUUCAACAUGUAAAAUGACAAAUUUAAAACAAACAUAGGGAAAAAUUAAAUAAUUGCAAAAAUUUUGACACAGGUCCAAUAAUUGUCAAAUUACCAUAGAAGGUUCUUAACCAUGCUUUGCAAAACACUUUGAGUAGGACUGGCAGCAUUAUCAUCAUCUGCGAACUUGUUGGAAAUACUGAAUUCCAGGCCUUGCACUAAUUCUACUGAAUCAGAAUCUAAGUUUUAACAUGAUUCCUAGUUGGUUUGUGUGCAUGUUAAAGUUUGAGAAGCACUGGGCUAGAGUUUUGUGUAGGGAUAUUUUCUGCCCCUCAAACUGAGGAAACAUCUUCUAGUGCCUCCUGUCUUCAAAGACCUUAGAACAAAUGGUGUCCUUGUUUUGUGGUCUAGAUGGUUCUGCAGAAAUGCAGUCCUCUCAAAAUGUCA